GCACCCGCCGAGCCGUGUGAGUAACCUCUACCUCCGUCCUUCUCGCCGCCCUCUCGGGGACCAGCACCCUCGCUCCUCAGGGUGGUCGGGAGGGAGCACACGCACCCGGGCGCUCACGAGAGGGCGGGGACUGUGUACACACGUGUCACACCAGACCAGAGAAGCAUCUCCAGGGACACCGGCGGCCGAGCCCCGCGCACGCCCUUGAGCACCUGAGCUCCAGGGCGUCCCCUCGGACUCAAGGAGAAAAAACACACCCCGAGGCACACGUGGACACCUAGCCCUUCUCCCUGUGAUCAAUUACCAACUACCUGUUGAUAUGUGUGGUUACAGACUUCUUUCUAUGCUUUGUACAACUCUACAGACCGUAUGUAGGUAUUACUGUUUUUGUUUUUUGUUUUUACAAAAAAGGAAAAAAGUACAUCUCCUGGAAGGGAUGCUUGUUAGCUGAGCUCUGGUGGAUGAGAGGAGCUAGCCUUGAAAAAAGUUGGGGUUUUGCAGUGUUGCCUAGGCUGGUCUUGAACUCCUGAGCUCAAGCAAUCCACCCACCUCGGCCUCCGAAAGUGCUGGGAUACAGGCAUGAACCGCUGCGCCCAGUCCAAAACUUGAUACUGAUGGACAUUGUGUGGGCCAGAGGCAGGGAUGGUUGGCUAUGACCCCAAACCAGAUGGCAGGAAUAACACCAAGUUCCAGGUGGCAGUGGCUGGGUCUGUGUCUGGACUUGUCACUCGGGCGCUGAUCAGUCCCUUCGACGUCAUCAAGAUCCGUUUCCAGCUUCAGCAUGAGCGCCUGUCUCGCAGUGACCCCAACGCAAAGUACCAUGGCAUCCUCCAGGCCUCUAGGCAGAUUCUGCAGGAGGAGGGGCCGACAGCUUUCUGGAAAGGACAUGUCCCAGCUCAGAUUCUCUCCAUAGGCUAUGGAGCUGUCCAAUUCUUGUCAUUUGAAAUGCUGACGGAGCUGGUCCACAGAGGCAGCGUGUACGACGCCCAGGAAUUCUCAGUGCACUUUGUAUGUGGUGGCCUGGCUGCCUGUAUGGCCACCCUCACUGUGCACCCCGUGGAUGUUCUGCGCACCCGCUUUGCAGCUCAGGGUGAGCCCAAGGUCUAUAAUACGCUGCGCCACGCCGUGGGGACUAUGUAUAGGAGCGAAGGCCCCCAGGUUUUCUACAAAGGCUUGGCCCCCACCUUGAUCGCCAUCUUCCCCUACGCCGGGCUGCAGUUCUCUUGCUACAGCUCCUUGAAGCACCUGUACAAGUGGGCCAUACCAGCCGAAGGAAAGAAAAAUGAGAACCUCCAAAACCUGCUUUGUGGCAGUGGAGCUGGUGUCAUCAGCAAGACCCUGACAUAUCCGCUGGACCUCUUCAAGAAGCGGCUACAGGUUGGAGGGUUUGAGCACGCCAGAGCUGCCUUUGGCCAGGUACGGAAAUACAAGGGCCUCAUGGACUGUGCCAAGCAGGUGCUGCAAAAGGAAGGCGCCCUGGGCUUCUUCAAGGGCCUGUCCCCCAGCUUGCUGAAGGCUGCCCUCUCCACAGGCUUCAUGUUCUUCUCGUAUGAAUUCUUCUGUAAUGUCUUCCACUGCAUGAACAGGACAGCCAGCCAGCGCUGAGCGCAGGAAGGACCCCAGGUCUUCCCUGGAGGCAGCCUCCUGAAGGAAGGAAGAUUCAGUCUCCACUGAGAGGUGCCGUCUGGCCCUUCCCUGCAGGCCAGCUGCCCCAAGCGGGGUGGCAGCCUUGAACCCACCCAGCUGGGACACCACCAGAAGGUCCAGGGCUCUCCCCAUGAGAGAAUCAGAGGGAAUGCAGGACGUGGUCUAUGGUGAGCCAACACAGUGAGAAGGAGCAGGAAGUUGCUGUUUCUCCUCUGACCAGCCCACACUCCAAAGGAAGCAGACGCCAUCCUACACCUAUCAGCCCUGCCUGCCAGGAGAACAGAACACACUCCUGGUCUGGAUGGGGCUGCUGCUUGAGUGCAGAGGGCUGCGGUAGGCCCUUUGCAGGAGUCAGGUCCCUACACUUGGCCUGUUUUUCCCAACCUAUUUAAUAGACAUUAAAGCUAAACGCACAUUCCUUAUCUUA